AUUUAUUUUAUCUUUGGGUAUACCAGACGAAGAGAGAAGAAUGAAAGCAAAGGAACUGAAAAGGUUGAAGCUUUCGAAGUUUGUAUUGUAACAAAUCAAUCUUAAAAUCACCUAACAAUCUCAGAACACAGCUUCUGUUCUCUGCUUUCUGUUUAACAAUACUAUCAAGGUUAUGUGUUCUAUGCAGGUGUUCUAAAUGUGGCCACAAGCUCAAAAAAUAAGAGUUAAAUUUAAGAAGCCAGAGAAUGAAAUACCUGAACCGAGUUUAUUGGGGCAGGGAAGCAGCAGCAGCAAUCAUCAGGAGAUUUUAGAUGUUUCAUCUUCAUCCUCAGCUUCAUCUGAGGAUGAAAAUGGCCAAUUCAGUGAGGAUGCAUCUAAGCAAAUGGUGCUUUAUGAUCCUGUGGCUAAUGAUAACAAUAGUAAUACAAGUGCAAUUGUAACUGUUCCUGAGCCACCUCCAUAUCAGCCCCGAAAAGAGAAAAGGUUUUUCGGUUCAUCAAACCAACCAUCAAGGGCUUUGCCAUCUGUUGGAGCUUUUACAGUUCAGUGUGCAAGUUGUUUCAAAUGGAGGCUCAUUCCAACAAAAGAGAAGUAUGAAGAAAUUCGCGAGCAUAUUCUAGAGCAACCGUUUUUCUGUGAAACUGCUCGCCAAUGGCGUCCUGAUAUUUCGUGUGAUGAUCCAGCUGAUCUUAACCAAGAUGGUAGCAGGCUUUGGGCAAUUGAUAAGCCUAAUAUUGCUCAGCCUCCUCCUGGUUGGCAACGACUGCUUCGGAUCAGAGGUGAAGGAAGCACCAAGUUUGCAGAUGUGUACUAUGCUGCACCAUCGGGAAAGAGACUUCGUUCAAUGGUGGAGGUCCAAAAGUACUUAUUGGAACAUCCAGAGUACACAAGAGAUGGAGUAAAGUUGUCACAAUUCUCUUUUCAAAUCCCGAAACCGCUGCAGGAUAAUUAUGUGAGGAAGCGCCCUGCUCGUUUAGCUGCUUCUUGUGAUGAUAGCAUUGGACAGCUUAGACCUGGUGUAGUGAAACCCUUGGCAUGGGCUGCUCCAGAUGGCUCUACUGACUUGCACCUCGGUAUGCCACCAAAUCUUCCCUCGAAUUCUGAUCACGACGACCGACCUGCAAAGAGGCAAGCAACGCAAUUUCCAUCGAUGGGUAUUCACAAUAUUGAUCCAAAAGUCAUGCCCUGAGUCACAGUUCUUAAAAUAGAGUUACUUCUCAGCAGAACCCUCUUGUUCUUUUUUUUGUUUACAAAUUUUGUAUCUGAUCUAAUUUCUUUUGCUACACCAGAGGAAAUAUGAUCUUUGUUCUUGUAAAUUUUUAUACCAGAAGAAAGAUAGUAUUAGGAAUGGCUGUAAGCUAAUGUGGCAGAACAAUAUAUUGAAAAUUAUACAGCAUAUUAUUUCAUCUUACAAA